UAAUUGAUUUCUUGAACACGGAAGUUGAACGUACACGAAGCCGUAUGGCUACAAGCUAGUGAACAUUAACUGAGUAGUCGCGAAGAGCUAUGACAGUGUCAACGGGAGAUCAGGCUGGGAUCAUAAUCUGUAUCGUGAUGGGUGUUGUAUCAGGUGCACCCAGUGCCAGUCCAGUGUUGUCUGCAGUGUCUGACACAGCCAGGUUCAGCUGGGAGAUUCCACAGGGAGGUCUGGAGACAGGCCGUAUUUUCUUUGCUGUCAGUCCUGCUGGUACUGCUGCGUUCAUAGUGUUUGAAGAUGGGUCAUUCGAGAUAGUCCCCAGUUACAGCGACAGACUGGUGUACCAGGGGAACAGAGCAGACAGGAAUGUCACGUUCACCCUCAGCAACAUCCAGACAUCAGAUGCAGGGACAUACACGUGUGGGAAUGGAGCGACCACUGAUGUGAUACAGGACUGUGGACAGGAGCUUGUUGUCCUGGGAAAACCCACACCACCUGACCUUACAGUGUCAACUACACCUGUCUACAACCAGCGAGUGACCUUGACCUGCAGCUCCCCCCUCUACUACUGUCCCAGCUGACCAUGGCCUGACCAUGACCUACAGCUGGCAGCGUGACAACUAUGACAUCACAGUUACCUCCCCCUGGUUCCACCUACACCUUCACAGUGAGUUCCCGGGACAGUCACAGUUACAGAUGUAGAGCGAGAGAAAGUCAGGGUCUGGAGUCCGAGUGGAGCCAGGUGUACAACAUGGAGCCACAAUACGGUCCCUACCAGAUCUCCCUGAACCCCUUCAACUCCUCCUACACUGUGAGAGAACACCAGGCUCUUCCAUCUAUCAAUUGCUCCGCCCUCUGUAGACCCGGAUGUACCUACAGGUGGUUACACAAUGGAACAGCCUUCAGCAGUGGAGCCAUGCUCCAGGGACAAGCUGACAGAUCCAACACAGGCUCCUACAGAUGUCAGCCUAAUAAUACACACGGGAGUAAUGACAGUGUCACGGUCAGUGUUGAUGUUCAGUACCCAGCCACCAUAAGCAGUUUUACCGUCAACUCUCACAGUGGCUCAGUGACAGUUAACAUGUCUGACCCAGCUACCUUGAGCUGCAAGGUUGACAGUAAUCCAUGGUCAGUCAUCAGGUUACUGAAUGGAACUGAGGAGUUGACAAGGGCAGAUAACUCCCUGACAGCAACAUAUAGACAGGAGUCAGCAGACUGUAGACAAAGAGGGAACUUCUCCUGUACUGCCACCAACAACA